AUGGUUAAUCAACAACUGACCGAGUCCUCUGGAGAGCAGGCAGAGUUCCACGAGCUCUUUCCCUACACUGGGAACCAGCGAAGUUCCAUUACUCUGACAGAUCAAGGAGGUUCCUCGGACGUGAGCCAUGAAGUGGGCUUUGAGGGACCCAUAGUGCAACUGGGAAGUCACAACGGUGGCAAGCAGCCCAUCUGCCAGGCGGCCUAUCAGAACGACUUUGGUCAAGUGUGGCGCUGGGUGAGAGAGGACCGCAGCUGUAUCAAUGUGCAAGAUAGCUUUAAUGGAGACACCCCCCUGAUCUGUGCUUGCCGCCGGGGGCACCUGAGAAUCGUUUCCUUCCUCUUGAAAAGAAAUGCUGAUGUGAACCUCAAAAACCAGAAACAGAGAAACUGCUUGCAUUAUGCUGUGAAGAAAAAAUUCACCUUCUUUGAUUACCUACUCAUUAUCCUCUUAAUGCCUGUUAUGCUUAUUGGGUAUUUCCUCAUGGUGUCAAAGACCAAGCAGAACGAGGCUCUCGUUCGAAUGCUGCUCGACGCUGGCAUCGACGUGAACGCCACGGACUGCUACGGCUGCACCGCGUUACAUUACGCCUGCGAAAUGAAAAACCAGAAUCUCAUCCCUCUGCUCCUUGAAGCUCAUGCAGACCCCAUGAUCAAGAAUCGGCAUGGUGAGACUUCGCUGGACAUUGCACGGAGGUUGAAGUUUUCCCAGAUUGAGUCAAUGCUAAGGAAAGCAUCGUAA